AAGGGCAGGAAGCUGGCAGCCUCCCAGCUCCAGGGAAGCGGGGCAGCCUCUGCCUGCGCCCUGCGCUCGGCAGGGACGUGGCUGCGGUGCCAGGGUGCUGACCGGGCUCCCCAAAGCCACCUCGACCGGGUGUAAGGCUCCCCGUUAGCCAGGACCGCACAGGAACGCGGGCUUUGCAGCCUCCUGCCUCUCCCCAGGGCUGUUGGAGGCUGUCAGCUGCUUCCCGCAGCCCGGCAUGGAGGAGCCCUGCGGGCAGCAGCCCCUGGGCGGUGAUGCUGGCACAGCCCCCGAGGAUGAGGGUGGCACGAGCGGGAACCCCUACGCGGGGCUGGUGAGCCGCCUGCGGGCAGCCUGGCUCUCGGGGAGGACGCGGCCCUUGGAGUACCGCUUGGCCCAGCUGGAGGCCCUGGGCCGCUUCCUGGAGGAGCAGAAGAAGGACAUCCUGGAGGCCCUCGCCUUGGACAUGUGCAAGCCGCCCUUUGAAGCCGAGUUCUCCGAGGUCCUCCUGUGCAAGAACGAGCUCAAUGAGAGCCUGAACAACCUGUCCCGCUGGAUGAAGGACGAGCAGGUGGACAAGAACCUGGCGACACAGCUGGACGUGGCCUUCAUCCGCAGGGACCCCUAUGGGGUGGUGCUCGUCAUCGCGCCCUGCAACUACCCCAUCUACCUCCUCCUGGUGCCCCUCAUUGGAGCCAUCGCCGCCGGUAACUGUGUCAUCGUCAAACCCUCGGAGAUCACCAAGAACAGCGAGAGACUCGCAGUGGAAGCACUGCCCAGGUACCUGGACAAAGACUGCUUUGCCGUGGUGACUGCGGGCGUGCAGGAGACCACCACGCUGCUGGAGAACAAGUUCGACUACAUCUUCUUCACUGGCAGCCCCUCCGUAGGCAGGAUCGUGAUGACAGCUGCUGCCAAGCACCUGACACCGGUGACGCUGGAGCUGGGGGGCAAGAACCCCUGCUACGUGUCUGACAACUGCGACGUGAAGAGCGUGGCCCGGCGGGUGGCCUGGGGACGCUUCUUCAAUGCGGGGCAGACCUGCAUCGCGCCCGACUACAUCCUGUGCAGCGUGGAGAUGCAGAACAAGCUGGUGCCAGCCCUGCGCGAGGCCAUCACCAUGUUCUAUGGCCCCAACCCUCAGAAGUCUGCUGACUUUGCCCGCAUCGUGGGGGACAAGCAGUUCCGCCGCGUGCAGGCGCUGCUGUGCAGCGGGCGCGUGGCCAUCGGGGGACAGACGGACGAGAAGGAGCGCUACAUCGCCCCAACGGUGCUGGUGGACGUGCAGCCCUCUGAUCCUGCCAUGCAGGAGGAGAUCUUUGGGCCCAUCCUGUUCAUCAUCACUGUGGCCAACGUGGAGGAAGCCAUUGACUUCAUCAACAGCCGUGAGCGGCCGCUGGUUGUGUAUGUCUUCUCCUCCGAUGACAAGGUGGUGAACCAGGUGCUGGAGAAGACAAGCAGCGGUGGCUUCUGCGGCAACGACACCCUGAUGCACGUGACACUGACCUCGCUGCCCUUCGGUGGCAUUGGAUCCAGCGGCCUGGGGAAUUACCACGGCCGGUUCACCUUCGACACCUUCACCCACCGCCGCGGCUGCCUGCAGCGUGGCACCGGCCUGGAGCCCAUCAACGUCCUGCGCUACCCGCCCUACAGCCCCCACAAGAUGGGGCUGGUCCGUGCCGCCGCCACCGUCAAGCGCCAAGGGGACUGCGCCCUGCUCUGAGGGGCCACCAUGGGGCCACCACGGGGCCACCACGGGGCCACCACGGUGCCGCCAGAAGGUCCACCACAGCCCCACCACAGCCAUGGAGGCCCUCCAGGGCAGGUCAAUGAAUGCUGUCAACUCCUG